AAAGUGUCGGAGGGAGAGACAGGGACGCUUCAGUGAUUUCAGGACGUUUUUAAUUCUUCCAUUUAUAAUGUCUCUGGGAAUGUCUUACAAACCGAACAUCCACCAACACGUUCCAGGAACUUCCGUGAAUCCAGCAACAACUACACAUCCCCAGUCUCCAAAUAUAGCAACACUGCAGUCUUAUAGGCCUAUUGUGAAUGACUUUGGACCACCAUCUUUGGGGUUUCCCCAGAGCACCAGUGGAACACAAGUGCCUCAAAACAAAUAUGCUGAGUUGCUAGCUAUCAUUGAAGAGCUGGGAAAGGAAAUCAGGCCAACCUAUGCUGGGAGCAAAACCGCCAUGGAAAGGCUAAAACGAGGGAUCAUCCAUGCCAGGGGUCUUGUGCGUGAGUGCUUGGCAGAAACCGAAAGAAACGCAAGGUCUUAAAGGGCAGCUCUAUUCCACCAUAUGCAAACCAGGGAUCCGUUUCUCCAAAAGAUAAAACUACAAAAGACAGUGUACCAACAUGCAAUGAACAGCCUUUCCUCAUACUGUUAUUUUUUCACCAUUACAAUCAAAUGCCGUUUCAGGCACUGUUAUAGAGGCCUCUGUAAAAUGUAGCAGGAUACAGAAAGGAAAGGCAAAAACGAGCCCGAUUUGUACUUGACAGGAAUUCCCUGGAUAUAUUUAUGUUCCAGUUUGGGAACAUUAUAAUCUCUUUCUUGCUUUUAAUUGUUUAGGAUAUGUCAAAACUUUUCAUGUUACAUUUAAAUGCCUUUUUGUUUUCUAAAAUUGCAUGGUUGAAAUGAGGGCAUUUAAACAAGUAGGGUCUUCAGAAUGUGUCAAACGUCAUGUAACGUUACGGUUUGCGUCUUCGUAAUUAUUUAUUACCAAGUGUAAUAAAUGCAUCAUUUUCAUGUAGAUAGUUUCAUCCUCUAGUUCUCUUUGCCAGACACAUUAAUAUUGUAUUUUCUAAAAUAAUAAAUCCGUUUGGUAACUGAA